AUGGAUCCCAAUCCAUUAUCUCCACUGGCAAGAGGCAGAAGAGGCAGAUGGGGAAUCAACCCCUUUGCCCACAAUGACAGGAAUCGACUGGGGACAAACUGGAGAAAUCAUCCAGAUCUUAAAGAAGAGGAAGAACACAGGAAGGAAGUUCUGCCCAUGCCAUACAGAAUGGAGCACAUGAUUGACCACGCCUAG